AUGGUGGCAUAUGAAGCGUGUAUAGUAGUAUGGCCGAUGGUUCUGGCUCGUUACACAGAAUUAAUGAAUGGGAUUAUUGACACAGAAAAAGAUGCGAGUUUUCUUCGCAAUAAAGGGAUUAUUAUAAACCCUUUGAAGAGCGAUAAAGAGGUGGCGGACCUGUGGAAUGGAAUGAGUAAGUCUAUUAGAUUUACAAAUGUGUCUUUCAUAGAUAAAGUGAUUGUAGAUGUGAACAAGUAUUACAAUGGAAGGUGGAAGGUUAAAUUUGGAAAAUUCAUGAAGAAAUAUAUAUUUGGUUCGUGGCAGAUUCUCUCUUUUCUUGCUGCUAAUAUGCUGUUGUUGCUGACGUGGUUACAAGCAUUUUGCCAGGUUUAUAGCUGCAGACUCAUUUUUCCUAUCAAAGCCCUCGAACUUGCGGUGACAUACUAG